UUUCUGCUAACAGUUUCAUUUCUAGUUAGCCCACUGCAGAAUUCUGAAUAUACAACCUUUAGGAACUCUCCUGUUUUAAGCUGACCCAGAAUUUGACGAGUAAAGCAGAUUGACAGACCGAAACUCUGUCAGCUUGGCCGGCUGUGUUCAUCCAGCUCCACACCAUGUUAUCUCGGAUUCUCCAGCAUCUGAAGUUCCUAUUAUCUCGAAGUUGAAAUGCAAUUCUCUCUGAAUGGGACAACAGCCCUGUUUCGCUUUUAUUUCCUGGUCCUUACCUGCACUGCUUCUGUGAAGGGGGCGAAUUUCUCAGUGUCGUUCAGACCUGAAAGCACAUUCACUGGUUCCUGCAGUCUCGGAGUUGCACUAGCUCUCGACAAAACCAAACAACCAAAAAGACAUCGGGGGAGGAGCCUGAGACUCUGGCCUGUCCACCACCCCCCCCGCCCCCCCCUUUCCUGAGGUGGGCUGUCAGGAAACGCUGGGCAGUCAGACAGGGAAAGCAGUGAGAGACAGUCAAGGAGGAUGGGAGGAGCGAGCUCCAGUGAUCAGAUGGCUCAGUCUUCAAACACUUCCUGCUACACUCAGGAAGAGCUCAACAAACAAAAGUCUGAAAAUGGAACUUUGCAGGUAGUGAAGGCUACACCAUUGCAGAAGAAGAUAAAGAAUCUAGAUUCUACAGAGCUGAACGUUGCAGUGACAGGAGAAUCAGGCUCACGGAAAUCGACCUUCAUCAAUGCAAUGAGGGGGCUUUGGGGCAAUGAUGAGGGAGCUGCUGAAACUGGUAACGUUGAAACUACAAUGGAGCCAAUUGGGUACAAAGACUCAAUGUCAAAUGUCCGUUUCUGGGAUCUGCUAGGAAUUGGAACAACAAGAUUCCCAGCAGAUAAAUAUCAGAGGGAAAUGAACUAUGAGAGGUACAAUUUCUUUAUCAUUAUCUCUCACUGCCGGUUCAAAGAAAAUGAUGCAGAACUUGCCAAAGAAAUUAGAUGGCUUGGGAAGAAAUUCUACUUUGUUCGAUCUAAAAUUGAUAAUGAUAUCAAAUCAAUGAGAAAUCAUUGCACAAUAUUUAAUGAAAAGGAGGAACUGGUGAAAAUCAAGAAUGACUGUGUUAAAAAUUUAGAACAGGCAGGGAUCCCAUCACCUAGUAUUUUCCUGAGAUCAAACUUUGAUCAGUGCCUUUAUGAUUUUAAUCUGUUAAAAAUUACAUUAUAAUGACCAAUUUAUCCCACGGAUCUGUUUCCCCAUUUAAUUAGAUCAUGGCUGACCUGCGUUUAUUUUUAUCUAUUCCCGUUGGUUCUAUAACCCUGCAAACUCUUACUAAACAAGACAACAUUUCAGUUUUGAUAGUUUCAGUCGACCCCCAGCUUGAACAAUGUUCUGGUAUGAGGGAAGUGGCCGGAAUUCUACAUUUUCACUUCGCUUUGUUUAAACAAGUGCUUCUUGACCUCAACCCUGUUGGACAAACACUAAUUUUAUGUUGAUGCACCUCUCUUUCAACUGUCUCACCAGAACAGUAAUUUCCUUUUAUGCAGCCUUUCAAAUCCUUGAUUCAUCCUUUACUUAUAUGGGGAGAUGGGAUAUUGUGGUAAUAACACUGGAUAAGUAAUCCAAAGCCCAAGUUAAUCUUUGGGGAGAGAUAAUAGGAACGCAGAUGCUGGAGAAUCUGAGAUAACAAAGUGUAGAGCUGGAUGAACA